AUGCCAAUCGUAGAGGUCAGCGUGUCGAAACUGAAAUCUCUUUUCGAUAUCGAUGGUAGCGUGGCAGUAACUACUCCGCUUGGCAACACUUUACUCGAAAUUCAAGGCGAGCUCGAGUUUCCCACAGUUCCUCCUGUUAAUGACGUCGACAACAAAUUUAGCAUAUAUAACAACAAGAAUAUAGUAAGAUUCGGUCUGCUGCAAGUGGAGCCCGGGUCUAAAAAGGCCACGAUGUUAGUGGGUGAAAAACAGCGUCUUUUGGGAUCGGUUGUAAAACUGGACUCGCCGUUGGGGCUUUUAAAAUUCGACCAUUCCACUGGCACUGUGGACUUGCAAGAUGUAAUACGCUACAAAAUCAUCUUCAAAGACAGACCACUCCCGAUUAUGUGA